AUGCCCAAAGCCAAGCAGCCUAUCGAGUCCGAAUCAGAAAGUGAAGGCAGUCAGGAGGAAGAGUACGAGGUGGAGGCGAUCCUGGGGCACAGAAAGACCAGAGGCAACAAACUGGAAUACCAUGUAUCCUGGAAGAACUACGGACCUAACCACAACUCUUGGGAGCCCGAGGCCAACGUGAUCCAUGCGGAAGAAUUGCUCAAAAUAUAUUGGGACACGCAAAAGAAAGCAGAGUCGAAAGAACCGGAGCUGGCCCCCAAGAAACGCGGCCGUCCCUCAAAAGACAGCGUCCGUGCCAGCUCAUCCCGCCUCUCCUCAUCCUUGGUAGCAAGAGAGGACAACGAGCAGCCAGCCCCAAAACGUCCACGGACAUCAGCUGUCAAUGGCCGCAAGCGGACAAUCAAGGAUUCAUCCGAAGAGCCGGAGGAGGAGGAACCUGCGGCCAACGAUCCCGAAUAUGUCGACGAGUACACCGCAUACAUGAAAAUGAAGGACUGGGAGAACGUUGUCGAGUCGGUGGAUACGAUAGACAUGGAUGAUGACGGCAAGAUCAUCGUGUUGGUCACCAUGACGAAGGGGACGAAAUCGGUCAUACCGCGCGACCUAGCGUACGAGCGGUUCCCCUACAAGGUGCUCAAGUUCUACGAAAGUCAUCUCAAGUUUGUAUCUUGCACAGCAUCCCGCCGGUAG